AAGAUUCCCCAGCAGCAGAAGAUCAGCUGCUGAGCCGAUGGAGGACUAGUCAAUGUUUCGUCAUAUUAUUUUUAUUGGCUAAAUAACUAUGCAAAAACUUGGGAAAGGAAGAUUCGGCUACAUUAUAAGAGUUGUUGGAGUCAGCCAGUCAAGAUGGACUCGGCAAAUGCUUACAUCACAUCAAGAUCACGAAAGGGUCAGAACUGUGGUGGUUCCAAUCAUACGUCACUAUUCCUGUCUGCGACCUCUGAGAGGAGACCUACUGAAAUUCCCUGGACCUAAUUAUGGCAUUCCUUCUCGAGGGAUUGGCAUGAUUGUGGCAAGGGUGCUUCGCGGGGCUCUCAAGAUACGUUACCUGCUGCUGGGUGGCACCAUUGCAGGCGGCAGUGCCCUGGCCAAGACGUACGAGCAGUGGAAGGAGGCCCUGCCAGACGCAAAGUUUCUGGAGGAACUAAUGCCAUCUCAAGAGGAGCUGGAUGCCAUCAGGACAGCUCUCAUUUCAUACAGGGACAAGAUCAAGGAUUCAGUUCCAGAUUUUACACUUGAUCCCAAGCUGAAGGAGCUCGGGGAGUCAAAAUAUGAUCAGCUGGUGCUAUGGUUCAAGGAGCGGCUUGAUGAUGCAAUCAAGGCAGCGGAAGAGGAAAAAACUGAAGGCUCAGGAUUCUUCACGGAUGGCGAGUUCCUUACCUUGUCCGGGAUGGCUAAUUCCCUCACGCCAUUGUUGAAAGAUUUCUCCUCAGAUCUCAAGCAGCAUGCAAUUUCCUUCACUGCAAUGGGCUCAGCUGCAGAGAAAGAGCGAGAGAAAGCAGAGCUCCUUCGCCUGAGAUUGUCUCAGAUUGAAGCGGAACUGCAGGAAAAGACAGAAAAUCUGACAAAAGAACUCUCCAAUGUUACUCGUGAGAAUGCAGAACUAAGAGGGAAAGUUGAAGCCAAUGAGACAAUAAGAGAAAAGUAUGAAAGCCUACAGGAGGAGCUGAUGCAGGUGCAGCUCAAGUACCAGAAGGAAGUGGAGCCCUGGGGAAGGAAAAACAGGGCUAGGAUCCUGAUGCUCAGAGCAGGUGACAAAAUAGCACACAAGAAAAUUAAAAAGUCCCUCAUUGACAUGUACAGUGAGGUGCUGGAUGAACUCUGCGACUAUGACAGCAGCUAUGACACACAGGAUCACUUACCAAGGGUGGUAGUGGUUGGGGACCAGAGCUCGGGCAAGACUUCUGUGUUGGAGAUGGUGGCACAGGCAAGAAUUUUCCCUCGCGGAGCUGGGGAGAUGAUGACCCGUGCACCGGUCAUGGUAACGCUCAGCGAGGGACCAUAUCACAUUGCCUCCUUCAAGGACUCAACCAGAGAGUUUGAUCUCACCAAGGAAUCUGAACUGAGUGAACUCAGGAAGGAGGUGGAGCUUAGAAUGCUUAAUAGUGUCCGAUUAGGCCGCACAGUCAGCCAUGAAGUUAUUUCAAUGACAGUAAAAGGCCCAGGAUUACAAAGGAUGGUGCUUGUUGACCUACCAGGAAUCAUCAGUACUGUAACAACUGACAUGGCUUCAGAUACUCGCGAGGCAAUCCGCAGUAUCUCAGAACAGUAUAUGUCUAACCCAAAUGCCAUCAUUCUUUGCAUUCAAGAUGGAUCAGUUGAUGCUGAACGAUCAAAUGUCACAGAUCUCGUCAGUCAGAUGGAUCCACAGGGCAAGCGAACCAUUUUUGUGUUGACCAAGGUUGAUUUAGCUGAAGAAAAUCUGACCAAUCCAGAUAGAAUACGAAAAAUCCUGUCUGGCAAGCUGUUCCCAAUGAAGGCUCUUGGCUACUUUGCUGUGGUGACAGGGAAGGGAAGCAAGGAAGACUCUAUACAAGCCAUAAAGGAUUAUGAAGAAUCCUUCUUUAGAAGCUCAAGAUUAUUUAAGGGUGGAGUUAUCAACAGCCAUCAGUGUACCACCAGGAAUCUUAGCUUUGCUGUUUCUGAAUGCUUUUGGAAGAUGGUGAGAGAUACUGUGGAACAGCAGGCUGAUGCUUUCAAGGCUACCCGUUUUAACCUAGAGACAGAGUGGAAGAACAAUUUCCCCAGGACCCGAGAACUUGACCGUGAUGAACUCUUUGAGAAAGCUCGAGGAGAAAUCCUAGAUGAAGUGGUGAACUUGUCCCAGGUUUCUCCCAAACAGUGGGAGGAUGCUCUGUCAAAAAAGAUGUGGGACAAGAUGGUAACCCACAUAUUUGAAAACAUUUAUUUGCCAGCUGCACAAACAGAAAAUUCUGGUACAUUUAACACAACAGCAGAUAUUAAGCUGAAACAGUGGGCUGAUGGUAUGCUUCCCAAGAAGUGUGUAGAAGUUGGUUGGGAAACACUGGAGGAUGAGUUCAGGAAGUUCAUGGAGAGAGCCAAAACUUCGAAGGACCAUGAUGACAUUUUUGACAGCCUGAAGUCCUGUGUUGUGGAUGAGGCAAUGAGGCGCCAUGAGUGGGAAGAUAAGGCCGCAGAUGUGCUGAGAGUAAUCCAGCUAAAUGCCCUGGAGGAUAGGUCAGUCCAUGACAAGCAGCAGUGGGAUGCAGCUUGCAAGUUCUUGGAGGAAUCGGUUAAAGAUAAGCUCCACACCACGGAGUCUACCCUGAGGGAGAUGGUUGGACCCAGCACCAAGGAACAGUGGAUGUAUUGGUCAUAUCCCACAGAAGAACAGAAAAGGAGAGCAGCAGUCAAAUCAGAACUUGAGAACAUCUUAAAGUCUGACUAUAAACACAAAAAUACUCUUACAUAUGAUGAAGUAACCCAGGUUCGCAAGAAUUCACAAGCCCAGGGAGUUGACGUAGAUAACGAAUUUAUCCGUGAAACAUGGCAUCCUGUGUACCGAAGACACUUCCUCCGACGCGCCUUAGCGAAGGCAUAUGAUUGCAGGAAAGCCUUCUAUGCUUACCAUCAAGGGCUUGAGGGAGAGUUAGGGGUGGAGUGUAAUGAUGUAGUGCUCUUCUGGAGGAUUCAGCAAAUGAUUAGAAUAACAGCAAAUGCUCUUAGACAACAAGUUAUGAAUCGUGAAGCACGGAGACUAGAAAAAGAAAUCAAAGAAGUUUUGGAAGAAUAUGGAUGCGACCGUGACAAAAAAGAACAUUUGUUGACUGGACGUCGAGUAAUGUUAGCAGAAGAACUCAAACGAGUCAGACAGAUCCAGGAAAAACUAGAAGAGUUCAUAUAUGCACUAAAUGCUGAGAAAUAAUGCAGGAGAGCAAGAUUCCUCUCCUUGAAGGAACCCAGUGAACUUAAAAAUGAAACUCUGUAGUGUGUUUCUAGUUGUUGGCUAUUUAUCAUAGUGUGAGGUGUAUAAACAAUCUUGAAGGAGAUAUAUUGUUCCAGGUGUCUUUCAGGUACUGUGGUGGAACAUGGAAACUACUCACUCUAGCUUCACUCUCAGUUAGUGUACUGGCUUUGUAUUUUUUUAUUGGAUGAGUUUGCUUGGUAGGGUUGUUAGUCUUCAGGUUGCUAAAAGAAGACUCAUGAGCUGACAUCAAGCUUCUUAGCUGUUGUGUGCAGACUGUUUCUCUCUCAAAAAAGAUAUCCUUUAAAAUCAUCAGAGCAGUCCUUUGUCUGGUUAUGAAGGCAGUCUUCAGAUGUGUAUUUAAAUACAAAUGUCAGAAUAAUAUCUAGAGAAGGCUAAUAUAUUCAGAUUUUAUGACAUGUAGAGCACAUCAGUGCUCUGAACAUAUUUAAAUAGGCUGUGCUCUAUGUUCCACACAUUCUUUUGUUGGCAUCGGGAAAUAAGUUAAUAAAAGGAGCCAAAGGGACUUAUGUAACCAUUAAAUGGAAUAUUGAUGUCUUCAUUAUUUAAAGAGAGUAAUUAUUGUCACAUCCUUAAAAAAAUAUUUUAACUUCAUUGGUGACUGUAUGUCACAGUAUAUGUAAAUGAUAUUGGACUAGUCAGACUUUGAUGCUCCCGAUAUAAGAUUAUCAUUCCCCCUUUUACGCACGUCCUUGACAUUCAUAAUAGUUCCUAUUUUGAUUGGCCAAGAGACUGAAUCUUUUAAGGGGCUUGUACAUAGUUUCUUAUUUAUUCAUGGAUGUGUUUUAAAUCGAGUAGUCAGACAUCCUGUGGCUUAUUGAAUAAGAUUUACUCUGUAUUAAUAGCAGCUUAUUGUCAAGACAAAAUUUUCAUGCACUGCUUUUGGAAGAAAUGCUGUAAUUCAAAAACAAACCCAAGUUAAAAAAAAAAAGAAAUCUGACAUAACUGAAAUUGUACAGCAAAAACAUUGGAUGAAUUCUCACUGUAAUCAUAUUUCUAAUUACAUUUAAAGGAGGUUUUCCAACAUGUAGAGAAGGAAUGUGACAUUUAUGGUACUGCUCCUCUGGCUGCAUUUAAAAAUGAACACAUCUAUUGAAUAUUUGCAUAUACUGUAUGUUUUGUAAAUAAACUUUACAAUGCUAA